AUGGAGUCCCGACAGCAGCACGGAGGACUUCUCCCACUCGUUCCCCCGAUUUUUCGCGUCCCUGUUGAGAUACGCCACCUUGUCUACUCCUACCUGCUACCAUGCCAGCCAGUCUCACAUCCUCUACCCUCGGUCGGCAUAACUUCUGUCUCUCACAGGCCUCCGUCGGGUGCACUUUUGAAGAUCCAUCCCAUCAUCACUGAAGAAAUCCUCGAUUACUUUUACUCAAUCUCAACAUGGAAGCUAGUCUUCUCGCAUGCAUUCAACUUCUUUCGCAUCGAUCCAGACUUGCGGCGUCUCGAGCAAAGUCCGAUAUUGAAGUCCAUUCGAAAGGUCGAAAUGGUUUACUUUUGUGACAUGCUACUUGUAAAGUCAUAUCCCAGCUUCGGGGUGGAGAGCUUCUGCGCGGAGAUUGAGAAACGAGCGGCACGGGCCAUUGAAGUUUUGUCCGAGGCUACAAUGCUGCGGUCGGUCACUGUGAGCUUCAUCGACGGCACUGGUACUGGACAUUUCGAUACGAAAGCCGCAAUCCUGGCUCCGUUGAGAAGGCUUUGCGAAGAUAAGCCAUGCAUCGGGCUCCGCAUGGGACAGAUCAUUGGGCCAGACGGUGAUGAUCUUGCCAUGUUUAUCAAGGCCGCAGAGGAAGCGCUUGGCAUACAUUUCGCCUCAGGGGAAACUUACGAUGGCGCGAGCGAUGACCCAUCGCCCAGUUAUCGACUCUUGGCCUUUGAUGUGCGACAGCAAACAAACAACAUCUCUUCACGCAGUGGCUUUCAACGAGCCAUACCAGGCCGGACGGGGUGGAGAGGCGGUCCUCCAGCUAUGGAGGCUCAUGAGGAGACCGAUGAAGGAGAGCAACAUCUGCAACGCAGCUAA